AGCCAGUUUCCCCACAAUUUUUCAGACGAGCAGAUCACGGUGUUUAGCAGCCAAAAUGAUGCUCUGUGUCGCUCUCCUCAUAGCAGUGCUGACCUGUAUGGCCAAAGAGUUUGCAGCACCGGUGAUAAAGCUGAACGGGUCUCCGCUGAAGGACUCGGAGGUGGUUUUGGCAGCGAACACAUCCUUCGUCCUGCACUGUGACGGACAGGCGGAGAUCAUAUGGAAGACCAGGCUCAGAAUACACCAGAAAAACCUCUCACAGAACGAGCUGGUCGUCCAGAAAUCCACUGCAGAGCACACGGGAACAUACCGCUGCAGCUACAGGAGACACACAGACAUCUACUCAGAGAUCCACUUAUAUGUGAAAGAUCCAGACAAAGCCUUUACUACGUCUCAAACCCGAGUUAUAGUCCUAAAAGAAGGCUCGAGCUUCUUGCUGGACUGCUUGCUGACAAAUCCAGCAGGUACAGAGUUUUCGCUCCAGAUGACAAACGGAUCCGCUGUUCCUCCUGAGAUGAAUUAUACUGCGGAUCCCAAACGUGGCAUACUGAUACCAAACCUUCAGCCGAGCUACACCGGAGAUUACGUCUGUACGGUGAACAUGAGCGGAGUCCAAAUGAAAUCAGAAGUCUACCAAAUCACAGUCAUAAAAAAAGCACAGCAGCCUCCAUCAGUGUCUCUUCCAGCUCUACAGUAUGUCCGGAUUGUUGGAGAAUCACUGCAAAUCCCCUGUUACAUCCAAAACCAUAACCAUUACUACAACUUCACCUGGAGCUCAACAAAAAAGGUUUUGAAUUAUGAAAGAGAGACAAAGAAAAGGAAAGAGUGUAAACAAGUUUGUGCCACUAUCUAUUUGAUCUUUCAACAAUUAAAGAUGUCCGACACGGAGAAUUUAACCUGCACUGCCAUAAACAAGGCUGGAAGAAACAGCAGCACAGCAGUUCUCAGAGUUGUAGAAAAACCUUACCUCGAGCUUACACCCAUCCUGUCCUCUGAAUACAAGGGGAACAAAACGAAUGUUGUGCGCAUGCAUGGAGAUCAGCUUGAGCUCAGUGUGCACAUCCAAGCAUAUCCAGAAGUUGAAUGGGCUUUCUGGAAAACUCCAAGAUCAAAUCACAGCAAUGAGGAGACCUUUCACAAGAUUCAUGACAGUUAUAACUACAUGGCCACAAUCCGGCUCAAAAAUGUUGGCGCACAAGACUACGGUGACUACAUCUUCACAGCCGGCAGCACCAGUCUCAAUGCCUCCAUUAUUUUCACAGUACACAUUUACCAGAAGCCCAAAACAGUUAUUAAGUGGGAAAAUGGAGUUGUCAGUUGUGCAGCGACUGGCUAUCCCAUACCUAGCAUCAAGUGGUUCCAGUAUGAAGAUGCCAGAGUUUUGUGUAGUGACAACCGUACAUCAAAUGUGGAACUAAUGGCCAACCAAUCCAUUUCUGAGCAAAGCGGAGAGUAUGAACCAGUGCUGGUGAAGAGUGCAUUACCAGAGAUUACUGCCAAUGCUGAUUUAAUAUUUGAGUGUGUGGCGACAAACACCGCUGGAGACGAUUGUGACUUCUAUACCUUUACAUUUUCAGGUCCUCGCCCUACAUCGGUGUGGUCAACUUCAGUGCUGACCAGUCUUGGUCUCUCUGGAGCUCUCUCUGUGGCAACUCUAUGGAUGUUGAUUCUCCUCUACAAGCACAGAAAGGCACAGAAGUAUGAGAUUCAAUGGAAAAUCAUUGAGGUAAAUGAUGGGAACAACUACACAUUCAUUGACCCCAGCCAGCUUCCAUACAACAAGAAUCUGGAGUUUCCUCGAAAUAAGCUGAAGCUUGGACAGGUUCUUGGAGCAGGAGCAUUUGGGAAGGUGGUGCAGGCAACUGCUAUUGGACUGGUCAAGGAUGAAACCGUCACACGUGUGGCGGUGAAAAUGCUUAAGCCUAGCGCCCGCUUUGAAGAAAAAGAAGCCCUCAUGUCUGAACUGAAGAUCUUAAACUAUAUUGGGCCACAUGAAAACAUAGUCAAUCUGCUGGGGGCAUGCACUCAGGGAGGACCCAUGCUGAUGAUCACUGAGUACUGUUGCCAUGGCGACCUUCUCAACUUCUUGCGUCAUCGAGUAGAGACCUUUGUGAACACUGUUCUUGGUGUUCAGAGUUUUGCCGAAGAUUCAAACCUCUACAAAAAUGUGACAGUCCAAAAGAAACAUCCCGCAAGGAAUGCUCACUCUGGCUCAGGCAGCUAUAGGGACACACCAUCAGCACAGAUGCCAAAAGAGCCUUUUCAGGAGUCCUGUAAUGAAGAAUUGGAGGACAUGUUGUCAUUGGAUAACAUGGAUUUGCUUAAGUUCUCAUAUCAAGUGGCACAGGGAAUGGAUUUCCUGGCUUCAAAAAAUUGUAUUCACAGAGAUUUGGCAGCACGGAACGUUCUCGUGGCUGACUGCCGCAUUGUCAAGAUCUGUGAUUUUGGCCUUGCACGAGACAUCAUGAACGACACCAAUUAUGUAGUAAAAGGCAAUGCACGGCUGCCAGUGAAAUGGAUGUCACCUGAAAGCAUUUUCGAAUGUCUGUACACAGUCCAAAGUGAUGUCUGGUCAUAUGGUGUCCUUUUGUGGGAGAUUUUUUCCUUGGGUAUGAGUCCUUACCCCAAUGUUGCGAUUGAUGCCCAGUUCUACAAGAUGAUAAAAGACGGUUAUCACAUGCCACAACCAGAUUUUGCACCACAUGAAAUGUACACAAUCAUGAAAAUGUGCUGGAGACAGGAACCAACUACACGGCCAACCUUUGCUGACAUCACUGAACUCAUUGCAAAGUUACUGCCAAUGCAAACCAGUGAGAACAAUGAAAACAUGUAUCCAGAACUUCGAAGGCACCUGAUGGCAAACCAUAGCAACACAUCUCCAGUCUGUACUGAUCCAGCAGGCAGCGAGGAGGCUCAGCCUUUAAUGAGGAGCAUAACCUAACAUACAAAAUCAGAUAUCCCACCUCUCCUGAAAGCUUCGGGAGUCUUCCUUAGACUGAUAGUGGUUCCCUGAUGCCCGCAAACUAGUGCUGCAUUCCAAUCCACUUUUAGAGACACACUUGUGAACUACUCUUCCCUUGUCCACCCCCCGGGGGAAUCUCUGCUGCCUUUUUAAAGCGUUCCACUACAUCAAGUGAACAAAGAAAGUUUACAUGGACACUCUUGAUCUUGACCGAGGGAGCGAGUAUAUGUCCACUCCAGUACCUAUUUGUCCCAGUAUGCAAUGCGAUUGUGAUGUCACAACAGUGUAGUUUCCAAGUGCUCAAGGUUUUAGGGCACUCCAUUUAAACCCAUUCAGAUGUUCUGCCAGUUGUGGACACUUGUGUAACAUAAUCAAUGAUGUACAUCCGAGA